CACCUUUGGAUAAAACAUAUAACCACCGGUGGCCAGCCCACCAACCGCUCCUGCGAGUCUCACGUGUACAUUUCCACCGAGGACUCGUUCCUGCUCGUUCUGUCGGCCCCCGAAACAGCCGGGGGAUCUCCAGGUUCACCAUGUCGCGGAGACAGAAAGCGACCGAGGAGAAGGAGAAGCUGACCCGUAUUGCCAUCGUCAGCACGGACAAAUGCAAGCCGAAGAGAUGCAGACAAGAAUGCAAGAAGAGCUGUCCCGUCGUACGCAUGGGAAAGCUCUGCAUCGAGGUCACUCCCAACGACAAAAUCGCCACAAUUUCUGAAGAAUUGUGUAUUGGAUGCGGCAUUUGCGUUAAGAAAUGCCCGUUUGAGGCGAUCAACAUCAUCAACCUGCCGAGCAACCUGGACAAAGACACGACGCACCGGUACUCGCAAAACAGCUUCAAGCUGCAUCGGCUGCCGAUUCCGCGGCCUGGAGAGGUACUUGGGUUGGUCGGCACCAACGGCAUUGGCAAGUCAACGGCGCUGAAGAUCCUGGCUGGAAAGCUGAAGCCCAACCUUGGCCGCUUUACUGAUCCGCCCGACUGGACCGAGAUCCUCAGCCACUUCCGCGGCUCUGAGCUGCAAAACUAUUUUACUAAAAUCCUUGAGGAUGACCUGAAGGCGCUGAUCAAGCCACAGUACGUGGACCAGAUCCCAAAGGCGGUCAAAGGACAAGUGCAGCAGCUGCUCACCAAGAAGAAUGAGCGCAAUAAUGAAGCGGAGAUUUCAGACAUGCUUGAUUUGCACAACAUUAAGACAAGAAACGUUGGUGAAUUGUCAGGAGGAGAACUGCAGCGUUUCGCGUGCGCCAUGGUGUGCAUUCAAAGCGGAGAUAUUUUCAUGUUCGACGAGCCCUCUAGCUACCUCGACGUGAAACAGCGACUGAAGGCUGCCCAAACGAUCCGCUCUCUGCUCAGAGAAGACAAGUUCAUUAUUGUGGUAGAGCAUGACUUGUCUGUGCUGGACUACUUGUCUGACUUUAUUUGCUGUUUAUAUGGAAUGCCUGGCGCCUACGGAGUGGUCACUAUGCCUUUCUCCGUUCGAGAAGGUAUCAACAUUUUCUUGGACGGUUUUGUGCCCACCGAGAAUUUGCGGUUCCGAGACGAAUCUCUUGUUUUCAAAGUGUCCGAGUCUGCGACGGAAGAAGAAAUCAAGAGGCUGAACCAUUAUGAGUAUCCAGACAUGAUCAAGACCCUUGGUGAUUUCAAAAUGGAAGUGAAGGGUGGUCAGUUCACGGACGCCGAAAUCAUCGUUCUGCUUGGUGAGAACGGAACAGGCAAGACGACCUUCAUCAAGAUGCUGGCUGGAAAGGUGCACCCUGAUGACGGCUCAAAGGAAAUCCCUCAGCUGCACAUCAGCUACAAACCGCAAACAAUCAGUCCUAAAUCGACUGGCCCAGUGAGGAAUCUUCUCCACGAUAAAAUCAGGGACGCAUAUGUGCAUCCUCAGUUCAUCACGGACGUGAUGAAGCCGAUGAAAAUCGAAGAGGUGAUGGACCAAGACGUGCAGAACCUCAGUGGAGGCGAGUUGCAGCGAGUGGCAAUGGCGCUGUGCCUUGGCAAGCCGGCCGACGUCUACCUGAUCGACGAGCCUUCCGCCUACCUCGACUCUGAGCAGCGUCUCGUCUGCGCCAAAGUGAUCAAACGGUUCAUUCUUCAUGCGAAAAAGACUGGAUUCGUGGUCGAGCACGAUUUUAUCAUGGCCACCUAUCUUGCCGACCGGGUCAUUGUGUUCGAGGGCCUUCCGUCAGUGGAGACGCUAGCGCACGCGCCGCAGAACCUGCUCAACGGCAUGAAUCGCUUCCUUGAGCUGCUCGGCAUCACCUUCCGCAGAGAUCCCAACAACUACCGACCCAGGAUCAACAAGCUCAACUCUGUCAAGGACACAGAACAGAAGCGGGCGGGUCAGUACUUCUUCCUUGAAGACUGAUCUGGCUUGAGAGCAUUGGUGCAGGCACUCGUCGUGGAACACCUGAAAGUGCCCUAAUUUCCAUUCUACAUUAUCUGUUAAGAAGGUAUGAAUAAAGCGGGCUUUUCAGUGAA